AUGUCUCUCAAGCAUGUGCGUGAGCAGUGUGCUCGCAUAGCGGACCAAGCGCACAUAUCUAUCGACGCGGAUCAAGUCGAUGCGUUCCUUCGCGGCCUUCGUGCUGACGAAUUUGAUGCGCUCAAACUGCAGCAUGGACUACGAUUUCCCCUUCGCUUCGCUUCGUUUCAUCAUAAGCUUAAUUUUAUAGCCGUUUUGUCUAUGCUCAAUGCAUUCUCCGGCUACCGAGUCGACUUUCAUCGUGUCACGGGGCAUGGCGCAUACGACUGUGUACGACGAAUCGUGCUGGCUAUGUAUUUGACAACACACGACGAGGAAGGUCACACACCACUGGAUGCUCACGCUUUGGAAACUGUGACGGUUGCUUCCCUCGCACAGGCACUCGGUGUUCCUACGCACACGGAGACACCGCAUCCCACGAUACCAUUCAUCACCGUGGGCACAGUUGGUGGGCCAUUGCAGGAGCCCCUCCAGCUGGCGGCUCAGAUGUGCACAGAGACGGCAGCCUUCCUUCGUGAGCAUGGAUACCAGGAUCUUGCGUCGUAUGUGCUCGAUAUUUGCGAGCAAGCGCUUGAGCAGGAGCACGUCGAAGCGUAUAUGGCUUCGCAACUCGCACGGAUCCCUGCGUUUGACGACGCCAUCAACAUCGACGGGGUUCGCGUUUGUCUGUGGAAGAAGGCGUUGUUCUUUGUGCAUGCUCUUUACAAUAUACUUAUGGAUGUCGAUGAAGACAGCGUGGCUGAUCUACCCGUGCCUUUGCUGGCACUUGCACGGCGUUGGCGCCAUGGUCUUUGUGAGCCUCUCCCCAUGUUCGUUGAUAAUGUUAUUCCCACCAUCCUGAGCUAUCUUGGCAUCCUCCGCUUCCAUCACGAACAUGUGUUAGCAUCAUGGCAUCCAGCGCCACAAGGCGACAACAAUAACGUGCCCGGCCCCACACUCGAGCGCCGCGACGCAUACUGCAUGCUUCAAUGGCAUGGAUGGCAUGCAUAA